AUCGACUCGAAUCCGCGCCGAGAAGAGAGGAGACGGACGUGAGAGCCCAUCUGAAGCGAGCUUGCCCGCCCGCGCACACAACCGCGACGUUUCCCGACCCCUCGCUCCACCACCCUACUCGGCCAGCCUUGCGGGGAGUCGCGUCUUUUUCUUCAUCCCCUACCCGUCACUCACUCAUAUAACGACUCCAUCUCCAUACGGUCCAGGAAUCUAGCCAAUCGCGAGCUACAACCAGCAAGCGUGACCGCCGCACUACUUGCGUACUACCACCGGCUACAGGCUCCUAAAUCUGGUCGUCCACCCGGGAUCUUGACGAGGCGUGCAAGAUUCCUGCUCCGCGGAGCUCGAUCCAGCUUCUGCGGAGACUCGGCAGCUUAUUAUCUCGGUCCCGAUUCUGCCGCUACUUCUGGUGCGCCGGAUACGAGCGAGACGAAUUGGGCAAACAUGGCUGCGGCCACUUCUGCCUCUACCAUGUCCCUGCUCCCGAUCUCCCACCUCAAGCAGCAGCAGCAGCUCGGCGCCGGCGCCGUGGUCGUGUUCCGGCGGCGGCCCAGGGACGCGCGGCGGAGGCGGUACGUCGUGCCGACGGCGAGGCUGUUCGGUCCGGCGAUCUUCGAGGCGUCGAAGCUGAAGGUGCUGUUCCUGGGCGUGGACGAGGAGAGCGGCGGCAAGCACGCGGCGCACCCGGGGACCAAGCCGCCGCCGCUGCCGCUGCUGCCGCGGACGUACACGCUGACCCACAGCGACGUGACGGCGAGCCUGACGCUGGCCGUCUCCCACACCAUCAACCGCGCGCAGCUGCAGGGGUGGUACAACCGGCUGCAGCGGGACGAGGUGGUGGCGGAGUGGAAGAAGGUGCGGGGCCGGAUGUCGCUGCACGUCCACUGCCACAUCUCCGGCGGCCACUUCCUGCUCGACCUCAUCGCCGGCCUCCGCUACUACAUCUUCCGCAAGGAGCUCCCCGUGGUUCUGAAGGCGUUCGUGCACGGCGACGGCGACCUGUUCAGCCGGCACCCGGAACUGGAGGAAGCCACGGUGUGGGUCUACUUCCACUCCAACCUCCCCCGCUUCAACCGCGUUGAGUACUGGGGCCCGCUCCGCGACGCCGCCGCGCCCGCCGAGGACGACGACCCCGCCGCCGCGGCCUCCGGCGAGGCGGGCCGGACGAUGCCCGUGGGCGAGUGGCCGCACCGGUGUCCCCAGCAGUGCGACUGCUGCUUCCCGCCGCACAGCCUCAUCCCCUGGCCGCACGAGCACGACAUGGCCGCCGACGCCACCGCCGCCGGCCAGGCCCAGCAGCAGUGAGACUGCAUGUACGGGCGCAGGCACCAUCACCGCCGCAUGCCGCGCAAAUGUAAGCCGUAGCUAGACUAGCGUGUUGUUGUUUGGCUGGGCAGCUGCUGCAAUCGCAUGCAUGCCUGCGCUAUUCUUUAAUUGGUAGCGUUAGAAAUAGCUUGGUUGAGGUCAGGGAAUGAUGAACUCAUGGACAUGGUGGUCUUGUACAUAGCUACUAGUAGAACGCUUGAUCUGGAUGGCAAACUUGCCAAGAUUGUGUGUGCAUGCUGCUGCAAAGAUGGCAAGUCCAAGGAGGCCAGCAGGCAAGUUUCAUUUGUACACUCUCAUCAGUUCUUGGACUGGAACUCCACUAGAUUGAUUUGUGUAGUGAAAUAAACACAUGUAAAUGGAGAAGAUUAAUUAAAUUAAAUUAUUUUAUUCGACCGUAAAGAUCUCGGUCGUGCGUCAA